AUGUCAAUGGUUUCGUCCGAGCACGCCUUGUUCUUCUUCGUGUUCUCCAUCACCUUUCUCAUCUCAAGGCCUAGUUCACCGUCUCUGACGCCGGCGUUGUUUGAAACCUUUAUCUCUGACCCUUCAUUCCCUGAAAAUGUUACCUUUUCUGGUCUCGCCGUCGAUUCCCUUAAGAAACGCCUCCUAGUUGUCGUCCAUGCUCGGGAGCCUCUCCCACCUUUCAACGCCCUAGCCGCCUACGACCUCCGUUCUCGUCAACGUCUUUUCCUGUCUACUCUCAACGCAGCCAUCGACGACGAUGAGUCCACCCCUCCAAUUGCAAACGACGUCGCGGUGGAUUACAAGGGUAAUGCCUAUGUCACCAACUCCGCCGGUAACUACAUCUGGAAGGUCAACGAGAAAGGAGAGGCCUCGAUCUUCUCGAGAGCGCCACAGUACACAGCUCAUCCUGUGGACCGGGAUACACCGUAUAGUUCCGUUGGGCUGAAUGGGAUUGCUUAUGUCUCCAAGGGGUAUCUGCUGGUGGUGCAAUCCAGUACGGGCAAGAUGUUCAAGGUAGGUGAGGAUGAUGGGAGGGUGAAGCUGGUGUUGUUGAACGAGGAUUUGACUGGUGCGGACGACAUAGCCAUCCGGAGUGACGGCGUCGUUGUUGUUGUCUCCCCCGUGAAUAAGCUAUGGCUUUUGAAAAGCCAAGAUAGUUGGGCGGAGGGAGUAGUGUACGAUAAGAUUGAUCUUGAUUUGGAGAGGUUUCCUACGUCGGUUGCCGUGGGGGAAAGGGAUAGAGUGUAUGUGUUAUAUGGAAAUGUGAACGAGGGGGCAGUGGAGAAUUCAGGGAGGGAGAGUUUUAGUAUACAAGAAAUGAGAUCAAAGAAGGAGGAUGAAGACGAUAAUAUUUGGAUGUUCAUCUUGAUUGGGUUAGGCUUGGCUUAUUUCUUGUUUUGGAGGUUUCAGAUGCGCCAGCUUGUGACCAAAAUGGACAAGAAGAUUAAUUAAUCCCCACAGUUGUAUA